CUGGUCUUGCCAUCUCCGAAACCGCUUUUAAGGAGAUCCAGGCAGAAAGCGUCAGGGUUUGCAAGUUAAACAUGAACGUGACUAAAAUCACAUUUGUGUCUGCCCAAUAGCCGAGCUCCACAUCUUAAAAACGCAAAGUGAACCAGCAGAGCAGAUGUGCAUGGACGAGACUUUGAAACUGAAAUCUAACGCAAAUUAUUGAAAAUAACGUGAUUCCCUGUUCUGGGACCUGACAAAGAAUGCAAGUUUUAAUGAGGUGGUUUUGGCAAACGUGAGUCCAAAACCGUGCGGUGGUAAGUUUCCACACAUCAGGUCCGUGGUGCUCUGUCUGUAGAAACCUGUUUCUCUUGCGCAGCUGCGCCGUGUCAUCCCUCCGGUGAUUCCGAAACCUUUUUCCCCUCAGCUUUAUGGCUUUUUCUAAACUAUCCCCCACUGAUUUCCUUCUAUUAAAAGCGUUUGGGCUUUUUGACCACCCUGGGGGCUGAUGCGAGUGCCGGAUAUUUCUGCUCAGAGUUUCCUGUUUCUACACGUCCCGUGGGGCGCGAAGGGUAUCAAAAACCACCGGUUGCGUAACGGUCAAAACGACAGAUCUUGUUCAAGCUUGAUUAGGGAAGCGAGAGCAGGUGCGGAGCACAGCAGCAAGCAGGGCUGUUUCCGUGAUACGCUCUCAAAUUUGGAAAUAACUCAGAAAAAUCCCCUCGCUGUAUCCCACUCGGUCGCUUCGCGUCGUUCCCGAAUUCCUUACCCCCUUCCCUUGGUUUUGGGGUAUCUUGUGCUGGCGGUAGCCGAGAUGGGGACGAGGUGGGCAGAGCGUGGAGUACCGAGAGCAAAUUUGGGUAAACCCGGUUGCGCCUUUCUUAGCAUCGUGUAAAUUUACAGCCUGAACCACUUUAGCAUCCCAAAUUUAAAUUCCAGCGCGCGCAGUCUCGUCUUGAAUAGUUCUGUGUUAAUUAACGGUAACGGGCAAUUGUUUCUAGGAUGGAAACGGCACGUGCGGGUGAGCAAAGAGACGGCUAGCGCCGUCCCGCUGCAAAAGCAGGACCCCCUGAGCUGGGAUGUGGCUGAGCACAAAUUCGCCCGGUCUCAAAAAUAAAUUGGAAACCAAAUCAGUACUGUUUUAGCACGCAAAACUUGGGGGGAAACUGGUAGAAAGGGGUGGGAAGCCGCAGAGGUGCCGCUGCCCCUUUAAGGGUUAUUUUGUGAGGGGGAGGGGGUUCGAUACGAGACUUUAUUUGAAUAUUUAUGAACUGAUGAUCUGGAAGGGAGAGAGACGGAAAAGCGCUGCCGGGCGGAGAAGCCGGCAUGUGGCGCGUCCCCUCACCACCACCGAGCCUGGCCUCGGAGCCCGGCUGGCAGCGAGCGUGCUGAGGCCGAAGAUGGGAGGAAGGUGUUCGAGCCCUCUGAACGGGAGACAGCGCAGGUAUCUGAGAGGUCGCGCAGAUGCCACGAUGAAGAACUUCGUGCCCUAUUACCGGAGGCAGCUGGCGACUGCCCUUCUGAGACGGGUCUCGGGGGAGCUGGACCCCCAAGGGAAACCAGCCCCGCAGCUCCUGGCAAGAGAGCUCCGGGGGCCGCCCGACACCGCUCUGCAUGAGGGAUUGCUCUCCCAGUAUGACGGCGAUUCUCGCAGCUGGCAGGAGAAUUACUUCAUUCUGCUCGGAGAUUUUACCCUGCAGUGGUUCGAAAGCGAAGAGGCCCUGAGGAAAGGCUGCGAGCCCAGAGGCUCGACCGCUCUCUCCGGCUACCUGCUGCUGUCUUUGCCGAGCGAAUAUGCCGAAUUGCUCGGCGAUCUGUGCCAAGGACUCACAGGUGGCAGCCCCUUUGCCGACCCGCCAGGAGAGUUUCUGUUUUUCCUCUACCAUCCCUUCCGGAGGCAUUUCUGCUUCUGCGCAGACUCGGCGGAAUCGCGACGGAUCUGGAAGGCCGCUCUUCGGGACGGCAUUCGUUACCGCAGCACGGAACUACAGAGGAGAGAUUCUCUGGAAGCGGAGGCGUUCCUCGAGGCUGUGCGGUUUUACAGGCAAGAGAGAGGCCGCUACGGGGCAGGGGAUCUUCUCCUGGGGCCGGAACCUGAGAUCCUCGGAAACGUGCUGAUGGAGGAUUUGCUGCCGGUGCUGCGCUCUCAGGUGCUCCCGAGCAUCAGAGGGUCAGAAAGGAGACGGCGGCAGCUGUGGCUCCAGUUUCUCCAGGAGGUUUAUGCCCUGAUCCUCAGCGAAAUUGCCAGCGAAUUUGAAGGUUUUCAGAAGGAGAAAGAAAAACUACAGGUGGAGCUGGAGAAGAAAAUUCGCCCCGACCUGGAUCAGAUGCUGACUCUGAAGGAUGAGAUAGCCAGCAAACUCCAAGCCACAGUGCAGAGCCCGGCGGAGUCGUGCUGCAGCCAGAGCGUGGAACCUCACCUGGAGUGCGUGAUGGAGGAACUCAUGCGUCCCGUCAGCUCGGGAGUCGAGGUGGUUCGCUUGCUCUUUGCCCAGAGGGUUGAUGAGAUGAUCGGACUCGUCCGGAGCUCUCCCGUCGCGGUCCUGCAGAAAGAGCUUCUGACGCUGGGGAGAACGUCCUGGCAGCCCCACGUCAUGCACCUGUGCUACGAGGAGGCCGACCUGUAUCGAGAAAGCCUGCGAGGGCUGGAGGAGCGGUUCGGCUUCCGCGGCGUGACGAGCCUGGUGCUCGGCGCGCAGAACCUCAUGCAGCAACUGAUGGAGAAUGCCACCCACACCUUCCUGCAGCUCUCGCAGCAGCACCUCGGCCAGGUGGCCGGCCGGCGCCGGCUCACCCAAACGCUGGGGAAAGUCAAAGAGCGGGUGCUGAAGAAAUUUGACUAUGACAGCAGCUCCAUCCGGAAGCGGUUCGCUCAGGAGUGGCUGGUCCGGAUUUUUCUUCCUUUUCUGCUGAAGCAUUUGGAGUCCGGGUGUAAGCUGGAGCUGCCGCAGUACGAGAGCUUCGUGUUCGCCGACUUCAGUGGCAUCAUUAACCUGGAAAAUAUUUACGAAGAAACAGUCCUGGCCGUGCUGCUGCGGGCUGUCGGCAGAGCGCUGGCCGAGGCCUCGUGCCGUAACAGACACAACCUUUAUGCCGACGGCUUCUCCCUGCCGCAGAGCACCGAGGAGCUGCUCUACGAGGAGAUGGGCUGAGGACCCGGCGUCGCCGUACCGGCCGUGACCCCCCCUCACUGGUUGUGACCCCCCUCCCCUCCCUGGGUGGGAGUCAGCGGGGCCGUGUCCCA